UGGCAGAAAUGUCUCCUCAGCGGCAUAUGGCUCGUGUCCAGAAGAUACCCGGUUCCUGCGGUGCUCAGCGGCACAGCGUACAGGAUGAGUGGGCCUGCUCUAGAGAUCCAUCAGUCUAGAUGCUACUCUGCUGGAGGAAGAAAGGGGUUUAUAUCGGGUUUUGUGGAGAACAUCAAACAGGAAUUGGCAAAAAACAAGGAGAUGAAAGAAAGUAUUAAAAAAUUCCGAGAUGAAGCUAAAAAGCUAGAAGAGUCUGAUGCGCUCCGAGAAGCAAGGAGGAAAUACAAAACCAUUGAAUCCGAAACAGUGAAGACCUCAGAAGUGAUUAAAAAGAAACUUGAAGAAAUAACUGGAACAGUUAAAGAGAGUUUGGAUGAAGUCAGUAAGAGUGAUAUCGGCCGAAAGAUAAAGGAAGGUGUGGAAGAAGCAGCAAAAACAGCAAAGCAGUCUGCGGAGUCGGUGACAAAAGGAGGAGAGAAAUUAGGCAAGACAGCAGCCUUCAAAGCGAUUUCUCAGGGAGUAGAAACCGUUAAGAAGGAAAUAGAUGAAAGUGUUUUGGGGCAGACGGGUCCUUACAAACGUCCGGAGCGGCUUCGGAAAAGAACAGAAUUCUCAGGCGAUAGGAGUAAAGAGGAACGAAUAUUUGAAGCUAAUGAGGAGGCCAUGGGCAUGGUGCUGCAUAAAGACUCCAAAUGGUACCAGCAGUGGAAAGAUUUCAAGGACAACAACGUCGUCUUCAAUCGGUUCUUUGAAAUGAAGAUGAAGUACGAUGAAAGUGAUAAUGCCUUCAUCCGCGCUUCCAGAGCUGUCACAGACAAAGUCACGGACUUAAUAGGUGGAUUGUUCUCCAAGACAGAAAUGUCUGAAGUUUUGACGGAGAUACUCAAAGUGGAUCCGUCCUUUGACAAAGAUCGGUUUCUAAAGCAGUGCGAGCGUGAUAUAAUCCCCAAUGUCUUGGAGGCUAUGAUGUCUGGAGAACUUGAUAUCCUCAAAGACUGGUGCUAUGAAGCGACUUUCAGUCAGCUUGCUCAUCCGAUCCAGCAAGCCAAAGCCAUGGGUCUCCAGUUCCACUCCAGGAUUCUGGACAUCGACAACAUCGAUCUGGCGAUGGGGAAGAUGAUGGAGCAGGGACCAGUAUUAAUUAUCACUUUUCAGGCUCAGGUUGUGAUGGUGAUUAAGAACCAGAACGGGGAGGUGGUGGAAGGUGAUCCGGACAAGGUUCUGCGGAUGCUGUACGUGUGGGCGCUGUGCAGAGACCAGGACGAGCUCAACCCCUACGCCGCGUGGAGGCUGUUGGACAUUUCCUCCUCCAGCACCGAGCAGGUUCUCUGA